AUGGUGAAUUUCGCCACUAGAGGGACUUCCAUCUUUGAUAACUGCCUCACAAACCACCCUGAGCUGUUCAACGACCCCUUACGCUUUCAAGCGCUGAUAAAGACUGACCACUGGAGCGUGAUAACUUCUCCGGGGAACAAAAUUAAACCAAUCCGAACUAAAUGCUGUUUUAGGGAUUUUAGAGAACAUCUCAAGAUAAAAUUUACUUUAGAGUUACAAGAUUUUGAUGAGACACCCAUGAUCAAUGCUCCUGAUAUUGAAAUAGCAACUAACAUAUUUAGUAAUGAUCCGGGUAAGGUGGAUAGCAAUUUCUUUUGUUAUGCGACAACGGUGCUUUCCCCACAUAGGAAUGUUCUCAUUUUUACACAGAGAAUGCAUAAACCUACAUGAAGGCCGUUUACGCAAUAAAAUGCAUUUACAAUCCAUUUGAAAGGGUGUUUUUUUGUGUUAAAAGAUUUUGACCAAUCACAAGAGUUGAAAACAAUAGCCAGGAAAAGUUUACAAUUUUACAUGUUCCCCACAUAGGAUUUCUUUGUUAUUCAAACUGCUAUUCAAAUUGCUAUCGUUCUUAUCUGGACCGUUUCUUAAAUAAGGAACUGCACUAUCUUAUGGAUAAGUGUUUCCCUGUGACGAGAGUUGUGAUGUCUUCCCGUGACCCCCCUUGGAUCACUCCACCAUUUAAAUAUCUGUUAAGGAAAAAGACAAGAGCUACUGAUAAUGGCCACGUUCACAAAGUGGGGGACUUGUCAUCGAAGGUCUACAAAUUAAUUGGAGAAAAUCGAAAAAACUGGGGCAGGAGUGGAGCACAGGGGAGUUUGCACUGGUGGAGGAGAGUGGAUGAAAUCACCCUAAGGAAACUGAAAUCUCAGCCAUAUUUAGAAAAUGAAUUUCUUGCUGGUCUUAAUGAUUAUUUUAGGGAUUUGUGCAACGAUGAGAACUAUGUCAAACCAGUGCCUCUUGAGGUAAACCCCGAGACACACCCACCCCCAGAUCUCCAGGAAUUUGCUGUGAUGAUGGCAUUAUCCAAGCUU